AGUUGGUUCCGGAGCUGGGACAUGGAGUCCGGGCAGCAGCCGGUGUGGCGCGGCCUGGGGCUGCUUGGGAGAGGCGGGGAGAGCCCCGGGCUGGGCCCUGGCGGCUACGAGAGGCGGCUGCUGUGGGCCGCGUCCCUGCUGUGCGUCCUGCUGGAUCUGCAGCUGCCAGGUUUGCUGGCUGCAGGGCAAGCCGAGAUCGAAAACCACUUGGAAAUGGGGCGGAAGCUGUUGGCAGCUGGGCAGCUGGCGGAAGCAUUGUCUCACUACCACUCUGCAGUGGAAAGCGAUCCCAAAAACUACCUUACCUACUACAAACGUGCAACCAUCUACUUAGCCAUGGGCAAGUUCAAAGCAGCACUGCCAGACCUCUCAAAGGCGAUUGAGCUGAAGCCGGAUUUUCUGGCUGCCCGACUGCAACGAGGCAACAUCCUCCUGAAGCAAGGGAGCACGCAGCAGGCCAAGCAGGACUUCGAAGCUGUGCUCCAGAGCAAUCCGGAUAACACGGAGGCCCAAAACCAGCUUGCACAUGUCACCGAAUUAGAAUUUUCUAUGCAAGAAUCCCGGACUGCCUUUCAGUGGCAAAACUACCUGGGAGCAAUCAGUUACCUGGAUCGAGCAAUUGAGAUAUCUCCCUGGGACCCGGAAGCCAAAGAGCUGCGUUCUGAGUGCUACCUGCACCUCGGCGACUACAGCAAGGCCAUCCUGGACCUGAAACCCACCACCAAGCUGCGUAACGAUAACAGGGCGGCUUUCCUUAAGCUCAGCAAGCUCUAUUACAACGUGGGAGAGCAUGAGGAGUCCUUAAACCAAGUGCGGGAGUGCUUGAAGCUGGACCAGGACGACAAAGACUGCUUCUCGCACUACAAGCAAGUCAAGAAACUCGUCAAGCAGCUGGAAUCUGCCGAGGAGCACGUCAAAGCUCAGAGGUAUGAAGAUGCCAUUGAGAAGUAUAAAGCGGCCAUGAAAACGGAGCCCAAUGUGGAGAUCUAUACCACUAAGGCAAAAGGACACAUCUGCCACUGUUUGUCCAAGAGCAAGCAACCUCAGGAAGCCAUCGACAUCUGCACAGAAGCUCAUCAGCUCGACCCCAGGAACGUCUUCAUCCUGCGUGACAGAGCUGAAGCCUACAUCCUGAACGAGGAGUUUGACAAAGCUGUCGAAGACUAUCAAGAAGCCAAAGAGUUCGAUGGUGAAAAUGAGGAAUUAAAAGAAGGGCUGGAGAGGGCGCAGAAGCUGCUAAAGCAGUCCAAGAAGCGAGACUAUUACAAAAUCCUUGGGAUCCGGAGGAAUGCAAACAAGCAGGAAAUCAUCAAAGCCUACCGGAAGCUGGCUCAGCAGUGGCACCCUGACAACUUCCAGUCAGAAAAUGAGAAGAAGGAAGCGGAGAAGAGAUUCAUCGAUAUUGCUGCUGCUAAGGAGGUCCUAACAGAUCCAGAAAUGCGUCAGAAGUUCGACUCCGGCGAAGACCCCCUGGACCCGGAGAAUCAGCAGGGAGGGGGCGGGCACCAGCACCAGUGGCCCUUUGAAUUCAACCCCUUUGGCUCCGGGAACUUCCACUUCAAGUUUCACUUCAAUUAAACUUGGCCGAUCCCUGAACGUGCGGAGGGGGAGGCAAAAACGGUCGCCAGCGAACAGGCGCUUGGACCUCUGGGUAACGCUUAACCGAUGUGGAGACUGUGGGAGCGUCGGGCCCCUGCCGGAAACAGCCGCAACACGACCGGGGGCAGCGGGGGAUGGCGGGGGGAUUUCCCUUCUAUAUUUAAGCGUUGUUUCUGAGCUCCUUGUUUAACAGAGCUCAGGCCUCGAGAAAGACGGGGGAUGCUUCGCUUCUAGCCACGGUUCCCGAGCAGCGGUGGCCUUAAGGUGGGCUGUACCACGCAUGAAGAGCUUUAAACACCUCUCUGGCAUCCCGCCUUUCGCAGCGACCCUCAGACCGCUAGGCCGCGUUUAAUGGACUCCGUGCCGUCUAACUGGGCAGGGCAUUGGCCAUGCCUCUUGUGAGUUGUCUGAGUGAACCGGUGAUGGGGAAACAAUUUUGCUCCACCACCCCCCGGCCGUCCAUCCCAAACCCUUUGCCACCCUAUAACCCCAGGUGACCUACUCAUCUUCAGUCCAAGAGGGGCAAAGGUUCCCUUUUUUUAAUUUAUAUUUGCCUUCCUGGGAAGCCCCUGGCAGCCAAAAAUGCAGGCUUUGAGUCAAUGUGUGGGACCAUCUCCUGUCAGUGAUGCUGAGGUCCAAAGCACAACCAAGUCCUGCAAAUACCUUUCUCCAUUGCAACAUCCCUGAUGUGUCCGGGGGGUGGGGGUGGGGUAUCUUUGUGGGCAUUUGGGGUUGAUAUAGCCGUUAAUCCUGCAAAGACAGGUUGAAGCGCCCUUGCCAGACCACAUUGGUUAGGUGGAAGAGACAAACAAAUGAAGAUUGUCUUGAUUUAGUUGUUGUGAGUCACCCUCCGAAGAGGUGAGAUUCAUCUUAACACCAUAGGGUGGAUUCUGCGGUUGCACAUUGACUGUUCUCUUCUUCAGACACGAGGGAGAUAUAAUACCCAAGAAACCCAUCUGGAUUUGGGGACGAGCUUCCUUCCACCUCACUCCCCCAUGAAAUGCCCUUCCUUGUCAGUGUUUGACUGUGUUCAUAUGUGACUUGCAAGACUAAUAUUCUAUAAAGAAGCAGGGAGCACUCGCCAUCCACUAUUUCCUAAGGUGAGGCGAAAGUAAAUUCAUUCUUUUCUCCUCCUGCUCCCCACCCAGCACAGUAGCUAUAUAAAGCCCAGUGUGCUCCAGUUAUCAUCCGGCGGCCGAGAGAAGGAACAUUAAGGAGGGGUGUUCGCCUCCGCCUUCACCAAAAGUGUCAAGAUUAAACGUUUGUAUUGCAAAA